UUUUUUUUCUCUUUUUAUUUCUCCAACUACAUACCAUGAACUACUCAUCCAAUUCUGGAGGUUAUAUGGAGUCCUCUUUUGAUGGCUCUAAUACUACCAGUGGCUAUGCUAAAAAACCUAUGGGUGAACAAACACUACGACCCUUGACUGUCAAGCAAAUUAAGUCUGCCGAAAGUCCUCAAGAAACUGUUUUCCGUAUUGAUAAUGCUGAUGUGACUCAAAUCAGUUUUAUUGGCGUUAUUCGUAACAUUCAAGAAUUGGCAACCAAUUAUGUAUAUACAAUUGAAGAUGGAACAGGUGCUGUUGAUGUUAGAAAAUGGAUUGAACAAAACGAAACACCCGAAGAAGCAGAUGCACGUAGAGAAUUAAUGGUGGAUACCUAUGUUCAUGUCAAUGGUCGAUUAAAUAGCUUCAGUAAUCGAACCACUGUAGUUGCACAUGCUAUUCGUCCUAUUACUGACUAUAAUGAAAUCACUUUCCACUUUCUUGAUGCUAUCCGUGCCCAUUUGAUCUUUUCUAAGCCUUCAAAGUCUGAUCCUAUGAGUAUUGAUCAUCCCACAAAGACUGAAGACAUUCAAUCCCGCGUUAACAGUGCUAUCAAGUCAUUUGAAGACAGUCCUGAUGGUGCCACUGUGGACCAAAUCUGCUUCAAGUUGAAGGGUUUACAUACUGAAUCUGAAGUAAGAAACACACUUGAAUUACUCUUACAAGAUGGUCAAUGUUAUACAACUGUUGAUGAUGAUCAUUAUAAAUCAUGUCUUCCUUAAACAAAUAAAGUUUUACAG